AUGAUGAUAAUGACUGAAUCUCAUUCACAAUUGUCAAAAAACGAUAAUAUAGAACCAAUAAUAGUACAUAUUGAUGCAUCAAGUAAACAAUUACCCAAAUAUAAUGUACAAUUUACAUCUGAAGAUUUACGUAAACAUCUUGAACCAAUUAUUCAUAAAAUGAUUACCUCGGAAGAUUCAUAUCAAUUUCAACAACCAGUAGAUCCUGUUGCACUUAUUAUACCUGAUUAUCCAAUAAUAAUUAAACAUCCAAUGGACAUAUCAGCCACACAUAAUAAAUUAUUACGUGGAGAAUAUAAAAAUCCAUUAGAAUUUUAUGAUGAUGUAUGGCUUAUGCAUACAUGUAAAAUCCGAAUAGUCGUUACAACUAUUCAUCUAUUCAAUAGUUGA